GGAGGGACACAGCGCAUCCCUCCGCAUCCCUCCGCCGCCGGGACGGUUGCCAAGGCAACGGCUGCGUGGCAACGGGGCUGGCAGCGGGGGCCGCCCGCCGCCGCCGAGCCGCCGCCGCGGCGCGCAGAGCGGGCGCGCUGCCCUCCUCCUCCUCCUCUUCCUCCUCCUCCUCUUCCUUCUCCCUCCUCCUCCUCCUCCUCCUCGCUAGAUGCUGCGGCGGCCGCCCGGGAGCAGCCCCGCUCCGCGCACGGCCGCCGACCGCGGGCAGCAGCGGAGCGGCGCGGAGAUGGUACCGCUGGUGCGGAGCGCCGGGGGCUCCCACCAGUGGCCGGCGAUCGUGGUCCUCGGCCUGUGUUGUCUCCUACCUCCCGGGCGACUCGCUGCUCCCGGUGGGGACUUCCCCGGGGCGACCGUGGACAAUCUGGUGGUCAGGAAGGGGGACACGGCGGUGCUUAGGUGUUACUUGGAGGAUGGAGCUUCCAAAGGAGCCUGGCUGAACCGGUCAAGUAUUAUUUUUGCUGGAAGUGACAAGUGGUCAGUAGAUCCUCGAGUUUCAAUCGCCACAGCAAACAGAAGAGAAUACAGCCUGCAGAUACAGGAUGUCGAUGUGACAGAUGAUGGUCCCUACACUUGUUCUGUGCAAACCCAGCACACUCCCAGAACAAUGCAGGUGCACUUAACUGUACACGUUUCUCCGAAGAUAUUCCGUAUUUCGAGUGACAUCGUUGUGAAUGAAGGGAGCAACGUUACCCUGGUGUGCCUGGCCACAGGGAAGCCAGAGCCUUCCAUUUCCUGGAGACACAUCUCUCCAUCAGCAAAGCCCUUUGAGAGUGGGCAAUACCUGGACAUCUAUGGAAUUACAAGAGACCAGGCUGGGGAAUACGAGUGCAGCGCAGAAAAUGAUGUCUCGGUCCCAGACGUGAGGAAAGUAAAAGUCACAGUAAACUUUGCUCCCACAAUUCAGGAACUUAAAUCCAGCGGUGUGGUGCUUGGAGGGAACGGCCUGAUACGGUGCGAAGGUGCAGGAGUUCCUGCCCCGGUCUUUGAGUGGUACAAAGGAGAGAGGAAACUGAUCAAUGGUCAACAAGGAAUCACUAUUAAAAAUUAUAGCACAAGAUCACUUCUUACUGUUACCAAUGUGACAGAAGAGCAUUUUGGCAACUAUACAUGUGUCGCUGCCAACAAGCUAGGGACGACCAAUGCCAGCCUGCCUCUCAACCCUCCCAGUACAGCCCAGUAUGGGAUCACCGGUGAUGCUGAAGUCCUCUUCUCCUGCUGGUACCUUGUGUUGACACUGUCCUCCCUCACCAGCAUAUUCUACCUGAAGAACAUCAUUCUGCACUAAAUGUAAAGACCCAUAAAAGGCUUUUAAGGAUUCUCUGAAAGUGCUGAUGACUGGCUCCAAUCUGGUAGAGUUUGUUAAAAGCAGCGUGGGAUAUAAUCAGCAGUGCUUACGUGGGGAUGAUCGCCUUCUGUAGAAUUGCUCAUUAUGUAAAUACUUUAAUUCUACUCCUCUUUUUGAUUAGCUGCAUUACCUUGUGAAGCAGUACACAUUGUCCUUUUUUAAGACGUGAAAAACUCUGAAAUUACUUUUAGAGGAUAUUAAUUGUGAUUUCAUGUUUGUAAUCUCCAAGUUUUCAAAAGCAUUCAGUCAUGGUCUGCUGAGUCGCAGACUGUAGUUUACAAAAAAAAAAGAGAAGAUAUUGCAGUAAAAAUGUGCUUCUUUAAGGCUGCAAUACAAAUAUUCAGUUCCCUUCUUAAACAGCAUUCUAUCCACAUUUACACAGAAACAUUUUUUCUUUUUUGAUAUAAAAAAACAUAACAAAUAAUAUUGCCUUCAAAAUAUUUCUUCAAAAUAUUACACAUAUCUAGAUUUUCUUCUAGCAUGAUAUUCAGGUUUCAAGAAUGAGCCUUGUAUUAUAACUGCAUUGUGCAGUACUGCUUUCUGGUUUCUUUCCUUUCUCCUGCAAAUUCAGCAUGGGUGUGCCUUCAUAAAACACUACUUUCCUCUUCCUCUCCAACAAAUCUGGAAUGUCUUUUGGGAAAUGCUAAAGCAUCCUUUUGAGCAUAACAAAUCUCUAGUUGAGGACAAAGGUGCUAUUGGCUAAAAGCAAAACCUCCUUUCCCAUCUCUAGGGGGUCAUUGAACAGCUUCAGACUUGGGUUUUUAGGCAACCAGUUGAGGAUAGCACCAACUCCUCCUUGUGUUUUCCAUCUACCACCACUAACCAGUAGGUGAUCCUGGUAAAAACCAGUUUUUCCCAUUACAAAACAGAACACAAAUUAUUUUGAGACAUCUUUUGAAUGUAGGAACGUUUCCCUUAGUCAUUCUAAAGCCAAAUUCCUCAAUGGCUGUAAAUGUGAGAAACUUAACAGUCCUUUUUGUAUUACUGGCAAAAACUAUGUGAAUUGGUAUUUUUCUUGCACUUAAUUUUGUACUGGUUUGGCUAAUUUAGCAAUGAUAAAGGAUGCUUUUAAAUAUUAGAUAUCUGAAAAUACAUGAAGUAUCAAGCAGAAUUUUAUAUAUAUACAUAUAUAUAUUAAAACGAGGUUGCUCCAAUAACUGUACCGAAGUGCAUGUUGCCGUCCAUGAUAGAAUCUUCAUUACACACAGGACUUCAUUACCAAUGUACUAACACUGUACAAAUAGCUUACACAGCAGUUAAGGCCUCAUACCUAAUUUCCUAGUACUGCAGUCUAUCGAGAUAACACCCAUUUCACCCAAUGAAGGAUCAAGUUCUGAAAUAGCAUCUAAUGCUACUAACUUUGUUGUUCUUAAACAGCCGCAGACAGCACUAAUGCAAAAUGUUACUCACAGUUUAUGGCUGAGUUUCAAAAUGCCACCAUCUGUGUAAAUUGCUGGGGCAUGACGAUGGCUACAGCCCUUGACUACAACAUCCCCUGGUGACCCCAACAGAUCUUGACUUGCUUACAAACCAACUAUUGAUGACAAGAGUAACAAAACCACUAUUGACACCAACACUCCUGUGUUUUCUAUAUGCCUGGUAGGUGACACAACUCUUGUAAGUACAAUAUUUUGCCUCCUAUCAAUAGGUUUUUGUAGUGAGCAAUACCAGAUGAGCACUCUGCAUACUCAGCAGUUCCAAGUUCAGCUCACAGGUACCCCAGUUUUUGAAAAGGCAGACUCUGGGUUUCACUAGUCUCAGUAUACACCACCCCAUGCUAACGUGUAGACAGAACAUGCAGUGAAUCUGUUGUAGUUACUGAUAAAAAGAAAUAUGUUGACUCCAAAACAUGGAAAUGAAGUGUCCUGGUUCACUCUGUGUACGUUCAGUGACAGAUCAUACUAUUUCUAUCUUCUUAUUUCCAGUACUAUUUUCAGUAAUGUGGCAUUUUUUAAAACCUUGAAUAACAUGACAAAAUUAAUCCUCUGAGGAAACAGUUGAAACCCAUUUCAGAUUGUACUAUACACAGUCCUAAUAUCCUGAUGUCUCUUGUAUUGCAGCUUUAAAGUGCUAUAUUUUAGAAUCCAUUUGCUAGAAACAAACAGUGGUGCUGCAGAAAGUAUUGUGUCAGUAUGGUUUUAUGAGGGGGAAAAAAAAAAGGAUACACAUAGCCCAGCUCAUACGCCUUGUCUCACAUAAAACUGAGAUGUUUCUAUACUGUGGCUGGAUCAAAUUCUGUAUUUCAAAGAUAUAUUUCUUUCCAGUGGUUCCCAAUAUCUGGAACAUAGUAUUUCCAGCAGCAGAAUAGAAUGAACAGCAGCUUUAUUAAAUAUAUUUCAAAAAGAUAAUUAUAAGUUGACUGUUUGCAUUCGUACCUAUUAGAGCUACUGGAUAACAUGGACAAGAUAUUCAGUCCCAUCUCUGACUUUUCACUUAAAUUUGGGGGGACGCUGUUAUUGUCAAGUUUAAAAAGUAAAAAGCAAACGAACCCUAUGAACAUUUCUGGGUGCCAAUGGUGUUUCCUUAGAUGAAAUAGGUAUUUGGCAGCAGUCAGGCCUAUCGCAAUAGGUAUUUGAUAGCAGUAUUUGAUGGUGGAUGUGUGUGUGGGUGUGAAGCGCAGUGCAGGGCGAGCUCUUGGUGUCCAUGGAGUUAGUCUGCUUGUGAGACUUGCCUGCUCCAUGCUCCACUCCUACAAAGAGGUGCAGCCACGCUGUACUUGGUGCAGCAGUUAACCCAACACACCUAGUGUGUGCAGCCAAAUGAACUUCGUUUUUGCAGGAUUGGAGCUGUAGGCAGCAUGGAUCAAAUAAAGCAACUUGGUUCUUGGUGAAUGUUCCAUGCAGUGAACUGGUAAUUGUACAGACUGGAACUUAUUGAGGUGUUGUUCCAAAAUGGACCAUGCUGCAAAUAGAACUCAGCCAUGUUUUACAAAACCUACGCACCCUGUUAAUCUGUGGGUGUAUUUGCUUUAGGCAAUGGUUGGAAGGUAUGUUCUAGGCUUCUUCAAAGGAUUAACCCAUACCGUUCACAUCUGUUGGGCAAACAUUAUUCUAUUUAUUCCCAGCUUUCAAAUGUGAUAAAAUAAAUGGCUUAGCUCCAAGCAGCAUAACUGAGGUUGUUGUCCACAUUGGAAACCCCAAAGUCUGUAACAGCAUAAAUAAGUUCCUACUUGUGUAAUAUCUCAGGUCUGCAGGUGCCAUUGCGUUGGUGACAUCCACAAAGCAAUGAUGCUCUAGUUACACAGUUGCUGAUGGUGAUAUUAUACUAAUACUGAAUUAAAGGAUGUCUCACAACUUCCUGAACAAAUGCAGUUUCUCAAGGGUUUAUAACUUGGCAGGAAAUGCAUCCUUCAGAGCUAGACAGCUUUUUUAAGCUUUUCAAUAUAUAUAUUAUUUUAGAAACUGUGCUGUUUUUAAGAUGCAGGAGUGUUAAAACCCAUCAUCAGAGAAAGCUGCUUUUUGCACAUUUUCAGAGCUGGCAUUCUGGACAGACAAUGGGAAAUGUUCUGCCUACCAAAAUCUCCACUUAAUCCACAGAACUGUGUUAUAAAGAAUGUCUAUACCAAAAUAUGUAUUUAUAUGGAUGAACAAUAUGCCUUAAAGACUAAAUAUGCAUUUACUUCGAAGACUGGGCCAGAACUGUGCCCAGUCUGGAGGUAAAUAAUCCAUAUUUCAGAGCCUGCCAUGGAGGGACUUGUUUUGUUGAAGAAAAAAGAAAAGGGGGAGGAGAGGGAAGUGUUUCUUUUGAAAGACUCAUAGAAUCGAGUAGGUGGGAAAAGACCUUUAAGCUCACCAAGUCCAACCGCUGCCCAGCACUGCCAAGGCCACCACUAACCCAUGGCACUGGGGCCUCGGCUACACGGGGUGUGAACACUUGCAGGGACGGUGACUCCAGCCCUGCCCUGGGCAGCCUGUUCCAAUGCCUGAGCACCCUUUGGGGAAGGAAUUGUUCCUCAUCUCCAUCUAAACCUGCCCUGGUGCAGCUUGAGGCCGUUUCCUCUUGUCCCAUCCCUUGUUCCUUGGGAGCAGAGACCAGCCCCCUCCUGGCUCCAGCCUCCUGUCAGGCAGUUGCAGAGAGCGAGAAGGUCCCCCCUGAGCCUUCUCUUCUCCAGACUAAACCCCCCAGGUCCCUCAGCCGUUCCUCAUCACACUUGUGCUCCAGGCCUUGCACCAGCUCCGGUGCCCUUCUCUGGCCCCGCUCCAGCAACUCAAAUCUUAAAUAAAUUUUAAAUAUAUCUUAAUCUAAUCUUAAGCAUUCUUAAAUAAUUUCCAAAUUCUUGGAUAAACAGACGUAUGUGAGGAAGUUUAGGAAAAGGAUAGAUUUUAGCCUGGCCAUGCACAGCCUCUUUGGAACAAGGAAACACCAUCAACAAAGAUACAUAUCUUAAAAAACAGGAAUUAAAAAUUCUCCAUUCAGCCUUACUAUUGACUGUAGAUAAAUAAGUAUUGACAUCCAAGGGAGGAAUUUGCUUUUAAUCUGACCAAACUCGAGCACUGCCGCUGCAUGGGCAGGGAUGUUGCACACACAUUCACUCAGUGCUGGGUUUUGGUCCUUUUCUGUGUUUUUCUGCUGAGCACUGAGGGAAGGGGGAGAGGAAUUUAUUCUGCUAUCGUAAAAGUCUAGAACAUAACUGAAAAGAGACAAAUCAAGGCAAUGGCACAAGGGUCUCCGGGUAGUUUGGAAGGGUUUCUCAGUAAAUCCUUCUCCAAAUGUUUUGUAUCGAUAAGGACAGGGGAGAUUUUUACCAGGGCACCUUCGGCACUGAGAAAUACCUAUUUGGACCUACCAUUUUUUACACAUUUUCUGCUUAAUGCAUGAAGAACUCAGAGGUUCCUUUAGAUUAGAAAAUUCCCAUAUUGAAGCAUGCAGAGAUCAGCAUAUUUGCCACCUCCCAUAAACUUAGUUUUCAGUCAUUCGUAUAUUUGUCAUUCAUAUAUGAUUCACAGAAUCCCAGGCUGGUUUGUGUUGGAAGGGAGCUUAAAGCUCCUCCAGCUCCAGCCCCCUGCCCCGGGCAGGGACACCUUCCACUAGAGCAGGUUGCUCCAAGCCCGUGUCCAACCUGGCCUUGAACACUGCCAGGGAUGGAAGUUGGGUCUGCACUGGGGGUUGCUGAAUGAUGCAUAACAGUCCUCAGCCACUCUGCAUCACCUACAUGCUCAUGUCUCCUACAUGCCGGAAUUAUCCCCGAGGCUUUGCUUCAAUGUACGCCAACAGCCACUGUAGUGCCUGGAGAGACGCAGGAAGGACUUUCCCCUUUGCUCUCGCUCUGCUCCCCUGGGCAGAGCAGAGGACUUGGUUUUCCCGCACACUGAACUUUGAACCCACUGCAAACAGCAGUGAAAAACAGCCCAGUGAAAGGCAUUUUCCUUGCAGUCCCCCAAGGGCCACUGGGCAGCGGGUAAAGCUCAGCCCCCAUUAGCAGAAUAAAUGACAUCCAUGCAGCGAGCCAGAAUGGAAAGCUGCGGGAGGAGGAGCCGGAGCAGCACUGCUCCGGCCACCACGGCCACAGCAAUUUCACCUCUUAUUUGCCGAAUAUAAAAGAAUUCAUUAUUCCUCCACUAACCUUUGGGGGUUUUCAUGCUGCCAGAUUAAAAAUGCCUAUAAUGAUAAUAUAUAUUUGGUAUCCAGAAGGCAAAAAUCUGUUCUCUCCUAAUGCACAUCCAUCCUUCCCUUUAUUAUUGUUCAAUCAAAACCAAACCACAACUCACACAUUACACAAGGGAAUUUAUGUGCAAUAACAUCAGCUUUCCCACUUAUCAAAACAGUUAGUUAUAGUCCUAAGCACAGAACUCCCAUUAACCCCAGCGAUGGUGACUUAAAUGUGGCCGACAAGAAUAAACCUUAAAGAAGUGACUGAACAGCAGCCACCUUGUUUCCUAGCAGGCAUUCAACAGGGAGAUGGCACGGCCAUUUUUUCCCUCCCUGCCUUAUUCAUAGAAUCAUAGAAUCCCAGACUGGUUUGGGUUAGAGGUGACCUUAAAGCUCAUCCAGUUCCAACUCCCUGCCACAGGCAGGGACACCUUCCACUAGAGCAGGUUGCUCCAAGCCCCUGUGUCCAGCCUGGCCUUGAACACUGCCAGGGAUGGGGCAGCCACAGCUUUUCUGGGCAACCUGUGCCAGUAUCUCUGUACAUGAAAACAAACAGACUUUGCUCUUCUAAUUCAGGCUGGGAGGUGCAGCCAUUUAGAUGUGCUUAACAUUUUUGACAUGUCACUUCAGGUAGAGAUGCUCCCUGGGGGUGGGAGAGGUGAAGCAUCCCAGGAGCCAUGCAGAGCUGGGCAGGCUGCUCCCACUUCAUGCUAAUGAGACAGUCUCUUGCAGGAAUUUCGGCUCAGUAGAAGCUGCAGGAGGUAGCAUGGUUCAUUAGGCUGUGAGAGCUUUAAAAUGUUAAAGGAACUGGUUUUCCUCUCUCAUUUAAGUGAAUUGCUAAAAGCACUGGGUCGUUUUUCCACAGAACUUCACAUUCACUAUUUUCUUCAUUAACCUUGACCCUCCUACAUUUAGUAUGAUAAGGGGAAAAUAAAGUUAACUCUGAGAUAAGCUACUGCAAAUUCAGUCCCCUCAAGCUUUUUAAAACAGAGCCUGGGAGUUGGGCCCAGGAGAGCACUGGAUCUGUUUUGCCACUGUUCUCUGUAUAAAGAGGAUUUAAUGAGUGUUUGCCAAAUAUUAAGGCUGAUAACACCCUGUGAAUCAUUUCUAAAUUACUUUAAGCAAUAGGUGCACGUGUCCUUCCCAGUUCUGUGUUUAUUGGUAGCAGAAGGACAAGCAGCGUGCUGGGACAGGACCUUCCUGUGCGCGGUGCUCACUGGGCUGGGGCCAGAGAGGGUCCCCGUAUUGCCCUCAGUGGGCAAUAAGCCUGGGAGCAGGGGGAAACUCAGAGCUCAAUGGAACAAUACACUCGAUACAGGCUUUAGAAGUUCAGUUCUGGGAUAUUAGCAACAACAGACUGAAACCACUGCAGAGGCGGCCACGGGCUUUUGCCAUUGGUGAGCAACAAGCUGAAUUCAGGAAAGUGGUAAAUCCAUCCACCCUCCCCCAGGUAUCCCUGGAAAAGCAAACAAGCUGCAUCCUGCUCUGCUAUUCGUGUGUUUUCUAGUCUCGACAGGGUUUUUUUUUCUCAUAUCAAUUUAAUUGCAAGGCACCAACCUGUGCUCUUCAGCCCGCGGGAGCUGUGCUAAGCAGGCGGAGAUGUGCAGCACUCUGUUUCAGGCUUUGCUGGCAGCAGUGGGAUGCUUUCCCUGGCAACAGCACACGCAACAGCACUGUGUCCCUUCCAUGGGGAAGUGACUGCAGCACAAGCAGGGGGGCUGGCACUGGCCCUGUCUUUUGGUCCCUAUCUCUUGGUCACCUUCUUUCCUGGUGCCCAUCUUUUUGUCCCCAUCUCCUGGUCUCCAUCUCUUGCUACCCAUCUCUUUGUCCCCUUUCCAUGGUCUCUGACUCCUGGUCCCCUUCUCUUGAUCUCCUUUUCACCCCAGCCUUGGGGAAUGGAAGGCAGGGGAUCAGGAGGAGGAGGAGGGAGAGGCUGCAGCUCUCAGACUGACCUCCCAGCCCACAAGAUUGACCUUAAAAGAACCCAUCAGACAAACAGCAAGCUAAGGCAACGAAGACAGGGUGUUUCACCUGAGGUCUGAGCUCCCACCUUCUUCUCUAUGAGGGCUCUGAUUGCAACUUAAACCUGAAAGCUCCAUGAGGUUUUUCAGACUCAGAAAAGCUUUCCUCCCCAAGUGGGACACGUACAUGCUGCCGUCCUCAAGCAUGGGGUAGAGUGAUAGAGUUUGUUCAUCCUGGCAUAGCUUUAAAUAGAUGGAGCAGAGCAGGAGUGUCUGAAUGCCAGUUUGCCUCUCCUGCUGAUGAGACCGCAGUGGAAAAGACACCUGAGUUUUUACAGUAUAUUCAUUUUCACCAGGGGAGUUGCAGUAAGUGUCCUGGCCUGUGUUUCAGUGCCUUGAGCACCUUUUGCAAAAGGCCACAAUGUAGAGACCACAUUUCAAACAUUCAUUUCCCAAAGUCAGUCACACCAAAGUAACUUGGCUGCCACAUCAGAUGUGGCACCGGCUCCUUGGGAAGCGAGGCAGCAGCAGCGCCAGUCAAGAGGCACUGAGGAGUGCUUCUGGAGCAGGAUUUCUCUCCAAAGGCUUUAGAGAAGACACUUCAUUCUUCAGGAAAAGCUUCAGCUGAGGGCUUUGACCUUACAUUCGAGUACAGAAUUAGCGCUGCCGUAAAGGUUAAUGAACAGAGGAACGGAGUAAGGAAAUUCUGACCAAAAUAGUUCUAAAAUGGGUUUAAACACCUGCAGGGCUCCAGGCAGCUCUGCUGCUGCUGCAGAAGGACCUGAUCCAGCCCACCUAUUCCUGGCUUGGAAAACAUGUCCCACCAAGAGAACCUGCUCAGAAAGGGGGCAGAGAAGGAGGAGGGUCUGCUGGUGCUUAGGGUACAAAGCCACACCAGUGGUGAGGCAUUAGGCUCUGGUUCCCCCCAAAGCUUGUUCUGGCUUUCCUGUCGUAAGAUGGAAAGGGACGGGUUUACUGCAGGUCUUGCAUGCGGCCAGUUUGGCUUGGUCCUCGCUGAGACCCCAAAGGAGGGCACAAGGAUCCUCCAAGUGUUCAAGAUGUGCUAAUUCUUCUGACAAACUGUGAGCCUGAAACAUGUCCUUUUUCUUUGCUUCCUCAUCAAGUUGGUGCUUGUGGAAAGUAAUUAUUUUACCAUAUGGUGAGAUGUGUAAUUAUUACUGUUAGGCUCUUCACCUAAAACAAGCCUCUUUUUAGCAUGGAUCUCCCUUCUGAGCGCUGACAACCAGGGAUUGGGCCAAUUCAGUCAAAACUCAAACCAACCUUACCCCCACAUGAUACUUUCUCCAUUUCUAGUUCCUUUCCACCCCAAAAAAUCAGGACACCAUUUCUGUAAAUAACAACUAAUAAUGGUCAAUACUGGGAUGGAAUCUGAAAAUGAAUUGCAAGAAUUAGGGCUAUUAUAAUUUAAUAAUCACUUUAAAUUAUUGUCUUCAUGACUUCAACCAUCAAAGGCAUUUUACCUAUAUUAAAUCUCAGGCUAUUACCCAAACCUGGGAGUUAUGAAAGGUGCUUUAAUAUCCCCAUAAAUUCAUAAUGCAUGGGAAAGAAAUCCCUUCCCACCCUCCACAGGCAGAGACAGAAAGGCCAAAACCAAAAUACACCCCAACAGUUCGUGGUGUGGACACUGCUCAGUCCCAGGCCAGCUGCUUAAUACAACACUAGAGCUUUUGGAAGGGUGAGGAAGAAUAGAACGAGGUGGGGGGGAACCCAUUUGUAUUUGUUAAACAUAGAGAGCCACCAUCUGAAAACAAAAGCCAAGCCUCAUGGAGGUGCUGAGCCAAAUCUGGGUGUAAUUAUCCUUCUACUAUUCAAAAUAUUGUUAUUACAACAACAACUCUCAGCUCAAACCCAGCGCAGCUUUCACACCAAGGUGGGAGAUGUUUAAAGAAUAGGUAUUGGGUCUGCAGCAGAACAUGUUUGCACACCUCUGUGUGAUGACAACAGCUCCUGGUGCCAGGCACAGCCGUGGUGAGGUCCCAUUCCAGGGGCUGGUGGGGCAGCUCCAGGAGCUCCCCAGCUCUUCGCCACCAGGCACAGGGGACACCAGCUCUUCUGCAAGCCCAGGUCCCUUGCCAGAGCUUAGGUUUGAGUGUGGGUGAGCAAGGAGCAAAGAACCUGCUCACUGGGAAGGGCUGGGAUUGCCUGUGCAGCUCAGCUCCCGCCCGUCACCUUGCACCGGGGCUACCUCCCCUUUUUUCUCCUCUCCAGGAUAAACUCCUGGGAAUAACAGGAAUAACAUCCUGCCAUAACAUCCCAUAUAGGAAUAACAUCCUCAAUAGGGAACAACAUCCAAGUGUCAAAUCCAUGUUUAAGGAUAGCACCCCGUGCCACUGGAGGCUGGGAAUACAUCUGAUUAACUCAUGUGUCCCUCAAACUGAUGGGCUUAAGGCCACGGGCUGACUCCUGCCAGCAGCAGCACCAUGUCCCUGCAAACCCACCUUGUCACCCACCUUCUCAAGCAGGAAGGGGGCACUGACUGCUCUCCACUACACAGCACCCAACUCUAAGUCGAUAACACAUGCAAAUGCACUUAGCAAAGCACUCCUGCAGAUGUUCUUAAUUAAACCAACCUAACCCAAGCCCACAUCAAGUAAUAACCCCCAAAACGCCUUCCCGCUCUCAUAUGUUCCUGCUCGCUGCUGCAGGAUACUGCAGGGAUAUGAUUUUUAUAAGAGUAAAGCCUUUGGUAAAUAAGCCACCUGUUAAAGCCACACUCCCACUCUCCAAAUAUUGUUAUUUUGUUUUCCAGCCUAUGCACAAUCUGGAUUUAUUUCAGAUGAAAAAAAGAUAAUCACUGAAGUUAAAAACCCACCACCACAACAACAACAAAAGCCACCAGUAUUUUGACUAUUUGCAACUAUCCAUCUUGUGUGCACAUCUGCUCCUUUGCAAUCUGGCAGAGCUCCUACAUUAAGAGAAUCACAGUUACUUAUUCAGCCAGGAGCUGAUGAAUUUCCAUCAUCAGACCUUGGCAGUUUUCACUUUUUAACUUCUUCAAGCCUUGAAUUGUUCCUUAUUCACCUGGCUUCACUUUCUAUGGGGUCUAAUGUCUCAUAACAACAAAUCCCAAUCCAAGACUGCUAUAGCAGAGUUGAGCACGAACAGAGUUCGCCUCAAGUUUCACUGUACAAUCACUUUUUCCAUGCUUUAAAAGCCAAGGUCACUGUUUUCACCCUCUAGCCUGUCUGUACAGGAACAUCCUGCUGCACACACCUAGCAUGCUCUGUUUAGUCUUUAAGACCCCCUUACUCCCACCCAUCCCAGCCCCUGGAAAACACUGGAUUAGUUCUACAGGAUGGACAUGGCCCCAAAACCAAGAACAGCAAAGAACAGAACAGAAAACAAGAAUAUUUCAGUUGGAAGUGGCCUACAAAAACUAUCUAGUCCAGCUGCAAGAAGAUAUUAAAUAGCCAACACUGCCGUUUAAGAUCUCUCUUUUCUCCUUUGUAAUGAGUAAGGUGGAUCAUAUCGCAGAGUCCUCUUGCAGAGCUGUAUCUGGGACUGCAGGGAGGGCAAGAGCCAGAAAGAAGCUGAGGUCCUGGUGUGGAGCUCCCAGUCCCGUGUUUCUGCCCCCACCCCCCACCCCAGCAGGUCUCUGUGAGAAACCAGAGCACUGAAACAGUUCAGAUUAAUCAUAGAAACUUAGAAUCAACCAGGUUGGAAAAGACCUUUAAGCUCAUCAAGUCCAACCAUUCCCCAGCACUGCCAAGGCCACCACUAACCCAUGGCACUGAGGCCUCGGCUACACGGGGUGUGAGCACUUGCAGGGACGGUGACUCCAGCCCUGCCCUGGGCAGCCUGUUCCAAUGCCUGAGCACCCUCUGGGGAAGGAAUUGUUCCUCAUCUCCAUCUAAACCUGCCCUGGUGCAGCUUGAGGCCGUUUCCUCUUGUCCCAUCCCUUGUUCCUUGGGAGCAGAGACCAGCCCCCUCCUGGCUCCAUCCUCCUGUCAGGCAGUUGCAGAGAGCGAGAAGGUCCCCCCUGAGCCUUCCCUUCUCCAGACUAAACCCCCCAGGUCCCUCAGCCGUUCCUCAUCACACUUGCGCUCCAGGCCCUGCACCAGCUCCGGUGCCCUUCUCUGGCCCCGCUCCAGUACCUCAAUGUCCUUGUCAUAGUGAGGGACCCAGAACUGAACACAGUAUUACAGAGAGAGAGAGACAAUAAUUUGAUGCCAGACCUCAGGGCUUUGUUUAGAGCAUGAACAUUAAAGUGAUGAAGUGAAGGGAGCAAAACUAAGUAUAAAUGAGGAUGCUCUGAGACAGGGCGAGCGGGUAAGCACUGGAGCAUACUUUGCUGCUCGUGCCAGGUUGUCCUGGGUUGCAGCUCAUGCAGUCUCUGCACCAGUGAGCUCAUAUUUAGGGGCCUUGGAGUUUACCAUUUGAAGGGCUUCUCAGAAGCUGUAAUACUCUGAGUCUGCAAAGCUGCAGCUGCAGAACAACGCUCCCCUGUGCCACCCCAGAUUAGCACUUUUAACACUGGAAAGUAACACGUUAGAGAUGCUCCUGCCCCAUUAUCCAACCUGGCACAAAUGUUAGUGCUAUAGAUCCAGACCUGACAGAGUACAAAUUUCUGUGGUGUGUUGGGUUGGGUUUUAGAAUUGGGGCUGAAAUAGGGUCCCCAACACCACGCUAAAUAUUCCCACCAAACAUUUUCCCAGGCUUCGUCAAUGAAUAUGCAGGCCACAAAGACCACUGAAGAUCUAUUGCUUGUGCUGAUGAGGGGUUACAAACAGCCACAGACAUCCUCUGAGGGUGUGUAUGCAGACAUUUACCAGGGAUUUAAAAUGGACUUAGUGAUUUUGUGUCCUCAUAGCUGAAAACAAUAUCUUCUUGUCACAAGUAAUUACACAGCACAGACUUGGAGGCUUGGAGAUAAGUGGUGACGUCCUUGCCCAAGCCAGGUGUCGUGGUUUGAGCCCAGCCGGUAACUCAGAACCACACAGCCGCUCGCUCACUCCCCCCCCCCCCUUCUUCCUCCCCCCGCUCCCGGAGGGAUGGGGAGGAGAAUGGGAAGAAUGCAACUCCCACGGGUUGAGAUAAGAGCAGUCCCGCAACUAAGGUAUAACACAAAACCACUACUGCUACCACCAAUGAUAAUAACGAUUAGUGAAAUAACAAGGGGAGAGGAUACAAUUGCUCACCACCCGCCGACCGAUACCCAGCCCGACCCAAGCAGUGAUCUGGGCCUUCCGGGUAACUCCCCCCGGUUUAUAUACUGGGCAUGACGUGCUGUGGUAUGGAAUACCCCUUUGGCUAGUUUGGGUCAGGUGUCCUGUCUCUGCUUCCUCCCGGCUUCCCCUGCUCCCUGGCAAAGCUCGAGAUUGAGAAAGUCCUUGGUUGGAAUAAACAUUACUUAGCAACAACUAAAAACAUCGGUGUUAUCAGCGUUGUUCCCAGGCUGAAAGUUAAAAAACACAGCACUGCACCAGCUACUAAGCAGGAGAAAAAUGACUGCUAUAGCUGAACCCAGGACACCAGGUUAUCCUUGUACAUAACGUCCAGUUAACUUUGGAAGGCUACUUGUGCAUGCUGUUAUACUUGGUGAAUAAUGGUUCAUUAUAUCAGACCUGUGGAGAUCUAACUGAUUGGCAGUAAAAGCUGCAUAGGUGAUCAUGUAAGUGCCUAAAAUGUGGUUGUAAAGAUGCACCAGCAUUAUGACUCCAUAUAAAAUUGCAGGCACAAAGCUGGACAAAACUGCUGUUCAAAAUCAGCCCCAUUAUAUCCUGUUCCCUUUCAAAGAGAGCCUUUGUGAUAAUAAUUUUGCAUGCUGCUGUUUUACGUGUUCACACAUACCCCUUUUCUUGCUCUUCAACGCUCACACCAAGCAACUUGGCUCCAUCACCUUUAGCUGAUAUUUCCCCUGUGCCUUCUGAAUAAGGCAGCAACAAAACCCUCCAAGCAAGUCUCAUACUCUAUCUUUAAAAAGAACCCUUUCCCCCCCCCCAAGAUAAAUUCCAUUUUCACUCAGCUACAGGCUUGCCUCUAUCUCUUAAACACUAAACCCCAUCAGCUUCUGAUUUCCCCCCCCACCAAGUGCUUUUAUGCAUCUUGAAUCUAAUGUAGAUUCUUAGAAUCAAGAAUGACACAAGGCCUGUAUUACUCUUUUCACUUUAAAUGCAGCUCACAAAUCAAUGGUGCCUGGUAAUUAGGCAGCUAAUUCCCCUUCCCAAAGAGAAAAACAACUAAAAUUGUAAUGCUCCUCAUUUGAAGGUACUAUGCUGUAAAACAUGUUAAAGAUAUUUUAAUUGCAGAAGUACAGGAUGGUUGUGUUGGGAGGGAAGCUUAAAGCUCAUCCAGUUCCAGCCCCUGCCACGGGCAGGGACACCUUCCACUAGAGCAGGUUGCUCCAAGGCCCUGUGUCCAACCUCGCCUUGAACACUGCCAGGGAUGGGGCAGCCAUCAAUAAUAACUCUAAUAACUGUGAGGCUUUAAUUAGAGCUGAGUAUGAACUGAGUAAACCCUAAAAGCCCACUAUCUUCACAUGCAUAUCGUACAUGUGUGUAUGAAGUGUUGUAUUCACAAUAACCUGGAACUCAUAUAUGAAUUAUCUGUGUGGAUGAACAGAAACUUAUGGCCCCUCAUUUCCUCAUGCAGGGAGGACACAGACGCAGCCCAUCCCAUGCAGCCGCUUUGGAGAGCCUGUGGUCUUUGAUAAUUAGACAGGAAAGAAGUAUUUUGCAGAUCUGAGCUUAUGUCACUUUAACAACAUUAGUGCAAAAAGAACAGUUUUAUCUGGAAAUAACUGCAAUGCCCAAACAUUGAUAGGGAAAAAAAAAAGGGGGGGGAGAGUUGCAUCCUUUUAAGAUAGACCCUUCCCUCACCUUUCCAUCUCAGCCUUCUCCAUAAAGAAAUCCAGGACUCGUUUCAUUCAAAGAACAGGCUUUAAAUUCCUCUACUCAUGUCAGGGUGGCAUUAAAUAUUAAAGCAAGAUAUUAAAAUUUCAAAGAACCUAAAUUAAACCUGAGGUAUUAAAAAAUAAGUGUUCCUGAAUGUUUAAUGAUAAAGAUUUUGUAAUUAAGUUCAGAAACCUCUCACAUUAAGAAAAUGAGGAGCUACCUAAGAAAACUGUUACCAUCACAGUGACCUUCCAGAGGGCUGCAGCAGAUGCUCCCAGCCCACAGAAAGACACAGGUUUUCUUUGGUUCUCCAUUUUCACCCUGCAAGAAGGGGGGACCCAACCCAACAGAUGAGGCUGGUGAGGGUGCUCCAUCCCCAGGAUGGUGCCAUUGCCUUCCACCACCACCUCAGGUUGGGGACAAGUAUCAGUGCGAGCCAAGCAGCUGCCUUGCUGGGGCCAGAGGAUGCUGUCUCCUCUGCCACAUGCCACUGGCAACCAGGGCUCUCUUGGUUAAAAUUGAUUCAAUUUCUUUCCUCCCCAACUGUUUAACGGAGUCUCUUGGGCUCUGUGACAUCUUUGUGGCUUCCUGUAGAAGCCUUGCCAGCCGUUCAUUUUCUCCAAGCAGGGACACCACCGCGGCAUCACAACCGUCCUUUCCCUCAUGCGAUAAGUAGGCUUGCGUGCAGGACCAAGAGGGCCAUGGCUACCUAGAGCAGUUCACCGACCUGAGAUGUGAGAAGUGCAAUGACAUGUUAUUCAUGGCUCUUUUAACCUCAAAUGCACUGUGAAAGACAGCUGGAUUUACUAAGGAGAAGCAAAACAAACCCAAACUCAAUGGUGUUUGUAUGCUCUGCAAGCAGGUUUUCCUCCAUUAUUCAUAAGGACAGGCUGACUUCCAAGAAGCACUUACAGGUUGCUCUCCCGUUAGCGUCCUCCUUCCAGCUGGACCACUCUCAGUUUCCCAUUAUCAUAAACAGUUUACAACCUGCCUGUCCACUAAUACUAAUGAAAUCUGUUCUUCUGUGCACAUAGAGAUUUGGGAGAGGGGUUCAUACCAACAGAGUCUGGCACAAUAUUUCAGUAUAAUCAGGGGGAAGAAAAAUUAAACUAAAACCUCAGCAGAUAAAAUAACAAUGCAAAUGAGGAUGUCUGAGCGUGGGACAUUUUUCUGUACUAAAAUAGUCUGAGGUGAUGUGAAAAAAUUAGAAAAGAGGUCCUCUUCAUUUAGGUCUAAGAUCAGCAGCCACUACCUCUCCUCCCGAAGCAUCCCCUCUCCUCCAGCCAGCCCUCACCUCUUACUCCCUCAUCCCCAAAGCAGCUCCCCACAUGCCCUCUCUUGGUCAGCACAGUGGGUUGUGGAUAGAAACAGCCACGUGAAGCCCCAUCCUUUGGCUCGCCAUGAGCAGAAGCGCCCCAAGGCGGCAGGGAUGGUGCCCAUGCAGUGCCCACCAUCACCCUGUGACCCCAGCGGUGUCCUCACACUUGUGGGAAGGGUAAGAACCACUGCUCCAUGGUUCUCACCCCAGGCAGGUGGGGUGAGGGACUCUUAGAGCCCAUGGGGCACAAAAUGGAUGGAUGAUAAUGGUGGUAAUCAUAGAAUAGUUUGGGUUGGAAGGAGCCUUCAAAGGUCAUCUAGUCCAAGCCCUGCAAUGAGCACGGACACCUUCAACUAGACCAGGUUGCCAGGGCCAGCAGGAAGGGCUCAGUCUCCUCUGCUGACCAAGAGCACCCAUCCAUGGGGCACCAGGGUUUCAGAACAGCUCACUAAGUAACCCAAGUCAGGGCCACGAGGGCUCCUUUGCCCAGCCAAGCUCCAUUCCCAGGACAGGGCAUUAGGGCAUUUUUCCCUCCCUCUAUCCCAGCUCUCAGAGCUGUGAAGCAGCUCUAGUUCCACUGUGCUUCACAGACAUUUCGAGCAUUAUAUAAGCAUUAGAGGUAUUAUUCUAAUGACUCCAUCCCACGUGCAUGUUUAUAAAUGGAAAGCUGCUUUACAUCACCAGCAAGCCCAAUUUUUAGCUGUCAGAGAAUUUGAGUGCAGCAAAUAUGGCCAGUGGUGUGCAGCACAGCUUGUACACAGCCACAAGUCUCUAGGUACUGCCAUUAGUAGCCAGCUGAUAGUCUGUGCGUGUUAAGGCUGUGGACUAAGCCUGAGUUACUGCUUAAAACUGCACAACUGAUAGAACACCAUCAGCAAUGCCCGAGGCGCCUGCUCCCUAGCUCAGGAGCACUAUGUGCUUCCUCUGCUCAGCCUACAUCUCCAGAUAAGGGUGAGCCUACAGCUGGGGCCUCUUGUGUCUGUGGGAAUCAGAUAGAGAACAGUGUAAACAGAAUAUAAAACACAUCAGUCCUUGCCUUCAAUCACUGUGAAGAGGUGUAAAUACCUUCCCAAUGUAGAAUAUUGGUCUACAGCAAUGGGCAGAAGAAAACCAGCAGAAGCAAUAGUACAGACUGUAAUUUACCAUUCACAGUUUGUCUAAGCAAAGUGAGCAUGCCUGUGCAUAUGCACACUCUAAAGUCACUGGAUUAAUAUGGUGAAGGGAAAGACAGUGUCAACUUUGUCAAUGGUGACACAAAAUAAUAACCACCUGCCUUCACAAUAUAACACUGCAAAUGACUGGGGCUUGAAGCCAUUUCUGAAGGCAACUUGGUUUUAGCUGCAGCUCAAGGGAUCCCUGGGAGCAUCCAGGGAUCAUAGAAAAGUAGAACCAUGGAUUGGUUUGUGUUGGAAGGGAGCUUAAAGCUCCUCCAGCUCCAACCCCUGCCACGGGCAGGGACACCUUCCACUAGAGCAGGUUGCUCCAAGCCCCUGUGUCCAACCUGACCUUGAACACUGCCAGGGAUGGGGCAGCCACAGCUUCUCCGGGCACCCUGUACCAGCGCCUCAGCACCCUCACAGGGAAGAGCUUCUGCCUUAUAUCCAACCUAAAUCUCCCCUGUUUAAGUGAGAUAAAGCAUCCUUUGUGCCACCUCUCCAACACUGCCCUGAGGACAUGGCUGCAGUCCUAGGUACCACUCCUCUAAUAUGCUGGUUUUCAUGGGAUGUCUGGUGGCACACACACAAAAACCUUAGCCAAGGACAAAGCUUGUUGGGGUGCGCAGGGAGGGCCAAACUGGGGAAGGGGAGCAUGGUCAGGGCAUACUGUGCCUGUUAGUCUGCUGGCUUUAUGCUGCCUGCUAAUUCGCAGGACUCAGUUUUAGGGCUUCACUCAGUAACAUACAAUAGAUGCCACAACAUCUACUUCAGCAGAACGUCAGCUCACGGAUGGAGGCGAAGAGAAGGGGGUUGAGGAGAUAAAACCAUAUACUGCCAAAACUAUAAAAGAAAAAUCAAUCAUCAUGACAGAUGAGCGAGUGAGAUUUACAGUGGAAUCAGAAAGCAUAAAGAGGCUCCUGGCUUGCCAGGAAGGGCAACGCAAUCGUGUUGCUGAUCUUUUGGCUUAUUCCUGAGCAAAUCUUCCAGUACAUUGUUGAAGUGGAUGGCAAGAACACACAGAUCUCAGCACUCCGUCUGUAUUGCUGUGCUCCAUUUUCUCCCAGUGCCCAAACUGCUCAAUCCUUUGGCUUUUUUGAUGGGAUUGGCACUUGGAAAAUUGCUGGAGAUAAGAUGUGGCAGUCAGAGCAGCAAUUACAGUAGCAAUCCAGGCAGAGCUCUAAGAACAAGCUUCUGGCUAGCAAGUGAUUGCAUUAAUUUCUGCUCAGUUUUAUAGAAUGUCUUUUUUAUAUGGUCAAAAUGAGCAGCCAGCAGAGCUUAAAGAAAUACCUGUCUGUGAAUGUAACACCAUGUAAGGCUUAAUACCUACUUCAACCUGAACCAGUUUAGAUCACUUGGAUCACUUGGCUUUUUUUAAAGCAAGAAUCACAGAGCAAGACCCUCAGGUGAUUUAAUCAUCCAUUUACCAUGGUCUGUGAAUUUAAUUUCUAUGAAUUUAAUACCAUGUAAAGCUUAAUACAUACUUCAACCCGAGCCAGUUUAGAUCACUUGGCUUUUUUUUUUAAUCUAAAAGCAAGCCCCUCAGGUGAUUUAAUCACCAAUUUACUCCAGCAGAAAAACAAACUUUCUGGGGUUUAUCCACUUUUGUGAGGUCUCCUCUGUCUGUGAUGCCAAUCCAUUCCUCCCCAUCACCAAACCCAAUGGCCAUCACUUACAAUGGGUACAUCUAAUUGUCUGUGCAUAUCCCAACCCAUGGGAAGGGUCCCCAGCGCUUCAAAAGCUCAAACACAAGUCCACGGGCUCUGUUCUGGAUAAGCUAUUGUAGGAAGUGUGAUCAGGUCUUUCCCCAGGGCACUGUUUAGGUUUUUGAUGUCUACUUUGCACAGCUUUAAACUGAAACCAAGCAAGGCAGGAUGGCAUCUCCUGUUGGCUUCUGCCCCUCACUGUGGGAAGGUGCAGCAGGCUGGGCAGGGUGGUUUUCCUGAUGAUGGGAAGAAUGUUGACUGAAUGGAGAAAUCAGUUCAGCCAAACAGCUCCUGAAGCACCUUUCAGGAGGUGAGGCUUCUCAGGGAGGUGCAGCUCUCCCCAUUGCCACCAAAGGACCUCAGCACCCUCGAGGCUGAGUGCUUUGGUGGAGCAGGGACAUGGAAGCUUUCCUCUCUCGUGGUUAUGUUCCCCAAGAUGUGGUCUCAUUCCUGGCUGUAGCAUCCCAUGUGCUGUUGCUCACAGCUCCUUCCUGUGACAUUGAGCAGGCAGCCCAGGCACUGCUGCCCAGCGCCUGGACAAAACCAGAGCAGAGCUCACCUGCUUCUCCUCACUCCUUCUCCUCUGCCUCCAUCCCCUCUGUCCAGAUUUCCUCAGCCUCUCCUACACCUAUGGAUUAAAUGCCUUCACACACCUGCCCCUCGCUCCCAGCCCUCAGAUCAGCGCCAUCAGGAGAUGAUGACAAUGUGAGUGUGAACCAGCUUGGGCUGGGUGUUUUCAGCAGAGCAGAUGCCCCAUGAACAGCAGCCCCUUUGUGUCCUCCUACAAGCUGCCAGUGCAGGUCUUGAUACCUUUCCCAAGCUCCACAGCUUGCUUCUCCUCAGUCACACAGAGGACACCGGCAAUAAGGCCCCUAGCACCUGUCAGAUAACCUUGCCCAUGAUACUGACCUAUUCUUUAUGGUUUUUCUUCAUUAUUGCUGUCUUGUCGCUUAGGUGAAACCCACAGUCAGCUCAGGGCUUGUGGCAAAGCCAACAAGAUCAGAGUUAACAGCCAAGACCAGCUCAGACUAAGCCAGGAGAACACAUGAUGCAGAAUGGGGUUUUCCCCACCAUCAGAGGCAGAUUUCAAGAGCAGCCCUAUAGGGAAUUUGCAAACACACACACGCAUCCCCUGGCACAUCCAACUGCAAACCCAGGCACAAGGGUUAAACACAGGGUAUGGUUUGUGGCACACGUGGAGUUUUGCUUAACACUAUCACCCAAGCAAUAAUUUAAAGAGAAAUUGAUGCAGAGCACUGAGGGAAAUCAAAGCAAACCAGAGGCCCAGCAGGCUGGUGGUGAAUCUUGCAGUUUGUCCUGUUCCCGGUUUGUCACCAAUACCCUCCCCACAGAGCCACGGCUCGAAUACAAUGACACCAAUUAUAUGGCUGUUAACAAAACAGUCGGUGUGGCACAAGGGCAAUGCACAGCACAAAAGUGUCUUGAUAUCCAACAUGGUAUUUACAUACUGUGAGGAAUUCAUCCAUCGCUUACGCAGGUCUGUGCCGUGACAGCAAUAAAUCAGUUGUCUGAUAAAGCACUAAGAAAUUAUGUGGUCUUUUACCCUCCUGACUCAGUCAAAAUGACCCAGACUGGAAAAUGCUCCAGUCUGUCUCCUUUCACCCCUCCAAAGCCCUGGCUGAUGCCCUCAGAAAGGGGCAGGGGCAGCAAUCAGAGCAGAGAAACACCUUGAAGGCAUCAGCUUUAUGCCACACUGCAACCAGUAACAGACAACUGAAUAUAACCCUUAAUUUUCCUGAGAUAGUUCCAAAACAGUGAGUUUAUCCUUUGCAAGCCCAAGCCAUUAGUCUGUGUCCUUUUCUCCUUCAUUCCCAGAUGGUGGGCAACUGUGGUUUUAUUUUGCACAAAGUUCUUUCACUAAUAUUCAUCCACAAUCAUCAACAAAAUAACUUAAUAUAUGUAGGUGACUAUAAUGACAGUAAAUGCUGUGUAGGAGGCAUAAUAUAUGCUUCAUUGUCAAUGCUUGCAUGCCGAACUAAAUACCCUAUUCUGGUCAAAUGCUAAUAUAUUCUAUGAGCACUUUUCCAUAAACAGAUCUUUUUAAUGCAGUAGAAUAAAAAGGUGAUAUGAAUAAUAAAUUGAAAUAAUCUGAUAGGCACCGGUUGAAGAACCAGUGUUUUUCUUUUGCUUGCUAUUGGCACUGAAAUGAUCUGCAUGAAAACAAUACUCAGGACAGUACCCCUGCCUCCCUAGACCCCGUACACCCAUCAGGACGAAAGCAGCAUCAACCCUUGUCUGUAAAUAAGGUGUUCUUUUUUAAGUGGACUUUGCCACAGCUGCUGCUCUGGCAGAGCCGCACUCAUAUAACACAUCACACUUUGACUCCUGACGAAAGAUUAGGUACAGAACAGGUAGGAACUGACCUUCUGCACAACUUUAGCUUUUACAGCAGCUUAGAGAUCUGCCGUGCUUCUGUCUCAAAGUCAGCCUCAAAACCGAGAGCAGCCGCAUGCCUAACUGCAGAACGUGGUUCCUGCAGCAGCCAGGAAACAGCAGCUGUAAAGGCUUUGGCUCUGAACCUGUUGUUGCCUUCAGCAGCAGGGACGGGCCAUGCUGGGAAAGGCUUCAGAGAGCAUGGAGCACCCAGUGCCUUCUGGCUGCAGCCUGGAGUCAAGCUUCUGCUUGCCCACGGUGGUCUCCACAAUCAAAUUCAGUGGCCAAGCACUUUGAAAGCACAGACCCCACAAGGGAUGAACCUCAUGUAGUACCUGGGGGACAGGGCAGGGGCAGUGGAGCUGGUCAUGCCUCCUCAGCCCCCCCAAGACAAGUGCACCAGACACAUGCACUGGGGACCAGGCUACCCUGACCCUUCUGGCUCUCCUUGGGAUGCAUUUCCCAUCUUCCUGACACACAGCCCAACGUCUGAGAAGCAAACAGGAAAGAAAAAUGAAGGCAGAGGGUGAAACAACCCCAAAAUGGUACAUGAAGGCAAAGGGACCACUCACAGUUCAGGUGGGCACCACUUGCUCUGGAAGGAUGCCAAGCGCAUCAGCACUGUGUCCUGCCAAGCUCAGCCUGGGUAGCAUUUAGCUGCUGGUGUUGUAACCAGGGUUGAGGGAAAGCUUUAGCAGAGCUCAUGGUAGCUCUUCCAAUAUUACCAUUUCCUCCCCAGCCAGCAGAGUGCUGGCUGUGGGACUGAGAGCCAUAGGACCACCCCGAAACCGAUCGCAUGAUUCAGUUCUUCUGGAUCAGCAGUUGCAAGACAGAUUGCUCCACAUUAGAUAUUCAGGCUUCCCAAUUAAAACAUAUAAAGCACUGAACUGGGAGUACAUGUAUCCCAUACAAUCAAACUCAAUUCCCCAUGCAGCAGGUUAUCAGGGUUAGCUUAGUCCAGCCCAAUGUUCCAUGGUUCCUAUAUAGCUCACCUGAAUGGGACACUGCAGCACAGACCCAGGCUGAGCCUGGCCCUGGGGUUUUAUAGAAUCACAGAGUGGUUUGGGUUGGAAGGGACCUUAAAGCUCAUCCAGCUCCAACCCCCUGCCACGGGCAGGGACACCUUCCACUAGAGCAGGUUGCUCCAAGCCCCUGUGUCCAACCUGGCCUUGAACACUGCCAGGGAUGGGGCAGCCACAGCUUCUCUGGGAAAAGUCUGUGCCAGCGCCUCAGCACCCUCACAGGGAAGAGCUUCUGCCCAAGAGCUCAUCUCAAUCUCCCCUCUGGCAGGUUAAAGCCAUUCCCCUUGGCCUGUUCCUACAGGUCCCUGUAACUUUGUACUUUAACAAGUGCUGCCUGUUUUUUGGUAGUGACUAUUGAUUAUUCUUCUUCCCUCUCAGAGUUUUGAUUUUCCUCUCCUGUUUCACACUGCAGCCAUAGGGAAGCCAAGGGAUUCAAUAUGAUAUUGAGCCCUGAGCAAAAAUGCCCCAGGUACUAGUGCAUCCAGCUUAGACUUUAAUUACUCUGCUAAUAAUACAGGGAGGAUUUUACAGAGCAGUAAACAGCAGUACCCUGAAUAACGCCUUGGUUUGGUGCCAUCUGUUCUUCAUUCCACAAAUGUGUUUUCCUUGGUGAUCCAGAGCAAAAGGCUUAGUACAUUAUCAUAUGAUAAGACAAUUUAAAAGAAUAAAUAAGCCCUGCAACACAAAGCUCGGUAUUAAAAACCCAACGUGACAAUAAUACCUGAAUGAUACCACAUACAUUAAAGUUAAAAAUAGAUUAGGAAAACAAAAAUACUUCCAGACAAGCAAUGGAAGCGUGGGUUUAAGGUGAUUUAUCAGGAGCUAUGAAGCAGUCCUGGCUUUGUGCUGAGCUGUGAACAGUGAAAUUGGAAUAAAUAAAAUAAUCUUGCUGCUGAUAACUUGCUCUGAAACCACACAUAUGUAUAAUGUGCUCACUGGCUGCCAAGUGAAGACUGUGAUUUAAAGUACAGAUUUUGUUUAAAACCUUUAUCCAUCUAGGAAAAGAAAUGAGUCGAGAUACAGAGCCUGACCCUAGGAGCAGGGAGGAAGAGAAGGGUGCUGGGGUAUAGUGCUCCUGUGGGACCUCUUCCUAUCCAGGGCAGGCACUGGGCAUCCCAGCUUGCAGAGCACAAAAAGAUUAUGUGUUAUGAUGGGGGUACAAUGCCAGUGGCAGAGAAGACAUUCCUGGAGGGCAAAACUAUAAACCAGAACUUUCUAGCACGGGAAAUAGGUGGUAUUUGCACAACUGAGGGAAUACAGCUCCAUUUUGCAUCCUUCCCUUUCCAGUAGAUCCCUGCCUGUCACACCACAAGAGCCAAACUGUAUAGUAGCCAUCUGUAGCUUCAGCAGCUGUCAGUGGAGAUGCUUUGUGCAAUAGAAGGACCUUGUUCAUUGCUUUGAAAUCAAAUAAAAUAUACAAAUGAAAAAAAAAAAUUGAAAAUUAAAUAAAAAUAGAUUAAAAUUAAAUAAAAAAUAGAAUUGAAUAGAAAUUAAAUAAGAAAAUUAAAUUUAAAAUAAAAAUUAAAUUAAAAUAAUAAAAUAAAACAAAAAGCCCUCUCUGCCCAAGAUCAGUUUUAAUGUGCUGCUAGAUUUCCACAGAUCACAUGCCUAAUGCCCAAAUAAUGACACUCUGGAUUAUCCCAAAGGUGCUUCCUCUCAAUAAAAAAAAAAAAAAAAAAGCUUUAUUUACACAAUAAAGCUUUUGCUUUACUUGCAAAAUACACCACACCUAACAGCACAUCCUUCUAAUAUAUCUUGGUCAGAAAAAUGAACUAAAUACUUAUGUACUAGACCUAAAACUUGGUGUUUCACUGGUGGACUUCAGAAAGAGAACACGACUGCAGUGUAGGUUGGUGUCUGGGCUGGGGUUGGGUCCAUCCAGUCCAGGGAGCCACUGGACAUGGGAACAGAGGGACCCGGCCCUCAACCUCCUCACCCAAUCCAGAACUACUUUUCCUUUCCAUCCAUCAGUACUUCCACUGACAGCACUCAGUGGGCUGCUUUGCCCAUUACCAUCAGCAUCCCUUGUGAAGCAGCUCACCCAGGUGCUUACAGCUCGGUUACACUGCAUGCUAGCACAGAGGAUGCCUGCUACAUUGUUAUGUGCUGAAAAUAAAUGUGAAAUAUGACAAAAUAAGAGUUUUAUUAGUAACAUACUUUUAGGGAAGAGUAUAAAACAUCCAUUAGAAAUCCUGUUAACAGCAUUGGUCAUUAUGACAAGAGGGGAAACAGCUUUCCUAGGGAUUUGAUUUCUCUUUUCUCUUCUUAACGGGUACUACUCUUUCCCCAUUCCCAGCAGACAAUGUUUUCUAUUAACAUUUUCUCAGCAGUUAUCAUUUUUAUAUUUCUCCAUCACCAUAGCGAUUCAAAUAAUGCCGUUGCUCCACUUUUUGUGUCCUUCCUUUGAUAAAUUCAGAUAAAUCCAGCACCAAAGAAGCCCCUGCUCUCAAUGCCAUUGCCAAAGCUGCCAGAUAGGGUCAUUUGGCUAAUCCAAUCCUGCACCAUAUUCCAGAAAAACUAUGUUUAAGCAUCUUGAGGUAGGGUUCUGCAAAAUAGUUGUUUCCCAGUUUUUCCUCAAUAACUAAAUCCAGUAUUUUGAGGCCCUCCAGUGUGUUUGCACACAAGAGCAGCACGGCAAUGCCCACCAUGGGCUCUGCUCAGCACCGUCAUUUAUAAUUUGUUUUCAUUCUGUAAGGACAGAGCUGAAAAAAACUACAGUAACAGGAGGCUCAAGUAUAUCUAUUUAAUACUUACAUGUUGUAUUUAAUUUACCCUCUGUGUGCGCAGUGCAAAGUCAAUUACAGUGAAAGCCCAGAUUUAAAUAGGUCAAUCCAAGUCUGCUGUUGAGGGUUGCUUUGACCUCUGCGAAGCAGGGACAAAUUGUAUCAGAAGGGAAUGAAGCCAGGCCCAUUCCAGACGUUUCCAAUUAGAACUGGAGGAGCAAAUUAUUAAAAAGGGCCUGGAUUACUUUUAUCCUUGCAAAGCAAACUGCAGAUGAGUUCGGUAAGAGGCAGGCUAAAGCUCAUUUCUAGGACAAGAGGAAUGAAUUAUCAACACUUAUGGACACAGUAAAGCUACAACAACCCACUUACUCUUUUUUUCCCCUCACAGAGCAGGUCUAACAUAUAAUAAUAUACUGUAUUCUGUAUUACACCCAGGGAGCAGAGUGUUGUCAUAUCUGUGAAACUGAUUUGCAUUAGGGGUUAGGAUAUGAAGCCCAUAUUCAAAAUCUAAUCUCCCUGUUAGCUUCUAAAAGCCUGGAAAAGCUUGACAGAUAAAACCCAAUCUCAGCUAUCAAGCACCAAGCUCUCGAUUACACGGCUCGGAAAACAAGAUCAAAGCUAAUGUAUCAGCAAAGUUACUGCGUUGUUAAUGUCCCCCUUUCAAAAAUUAACACAUCCAAGAGUGGAACUGACACAGGUUACAAAGCUAAAGCCCAUUUUAAGCCACAUGCACGAGCUUCCUUGCUGCGGUACAGCUACAGCAAAUAAUUUGCUUACCAUGGCAAGUCCUAAUUUCUAAGCUAAUGAAUGGGUACCGUGUAUGUGCUGACUUUGGUCUUCAAUCUCCAGAGCCCCAUCCACACGCAGUCUCUGUUUUGGCAGGUUUGAUACGUUUGACCUUUACACGGCAGGAGUUUGCUGUUUAAUUAUGAGACGGUAGGAGCUGGACUGCAAAAUGGAAUCAUGCAGUAGUAAACCCUGCGUGCAAUGUAACAGUGCACACUGUGAGAUCCAGCAAGUGCUACGCUGUGGGACUCCUCCUGCGUUUGGGAAAUCACUCAGCAGAAUUACAGCUUUCCAUGGCAAAGCUACUUACGGGCAAAUAAGGUCAAAAAAGCAUUAAGGAGCAGGAGGGGAAGGGCGAGCGUUGUUCACCGGUUCAGAACAUAAAGCUUCCACGUCAACUGCCUGCGAUUAAAGCAAACAUCUGUACAAUCCAUCACCCACGUCAAGCUAGUCAGUGCUGGCAAAUUAUGCAGAUAACAGGAGAUGAAAGGGCAGGCGGGGUGCAGUCCCUUCUGGGGACGCCUUCCCUGGGGGGCAAAACAAGCAGCAUUGCUGUUUCCCCAGUCCAGGGAUGCAGGACUCGAGAUUCCCGUUUCACCAUCUACUUACUCCCUUGCAGGCAGAUGAAAGAGUUUUGUGGUGUUUGUACUCGACAGACCAUAGCGACAGUCCCUGGCACAGUGACGGGGGGAGGCUUUAGCUUUCCUAUCAAAGCGGUGUAGCCUGUGAGGGUCCCAGGUGGAAGAGUCUGAGUAAACGGGAAUUGAAGUUAGUGUUUAUUAAAAUGAGCCUAAACCAAAAACACACAGAAAGAAUUCAGCAAGGGGAUAGUUGGGGUCUGACCCCUUUGUUUUCCUAUGGGACCCCAUUACAUCACGCUGCCUUUGAAAAUCCAAGAGGUCGGUCCAUUUUGUAUGAAGUUGAUGAGUGAAAACAAAUGUUUUUCCAUUCAUUUUAAUAUGCUAAAUGCUAAAAAAAGAACUUUUUGCAAAAGGCCCAUCUUCUUUUUAUUGCAAAAUAAAUUACUGAGGUGAACCUCUGGUGUUAUUCAGUAAGUAUAAAACUAUUCUUUCAAAACUUGCCAGGUUUGAAAUGUAUGAUGUAAGAACUAAUCAUAGAAUCCCAGACUGGUUGGAGUUGAAGGGACCUUAAAGCUCAUCCAGUUCCAACCUGCUGACACGGGCAGGGACACCUUCCACUAGAGCAAGGAUCCACAAUAGCAUAAUGCUCUUAUUAAAAUAGAUACAAAAUCAAAAAGGUUUAAUGAAAGUACAAACCCCUUUAUCCUAAAACCAAAAGGAAGAGCCAGCUUUGGGGAUCUUACACGUGAAACCGUGACCUGUAUGGCACAGGGGGUUCUAGAAAGCAUCGUCGUGUUACUUGCUUAGUCCAGCUCUCCCCCUGUAGAUAAUGUACAUAGCCUCUGGUAAAUGGUAGCUAUUGGAUUUCCCCUCUCAUUUCCACUCUACAGAAAGUGAGGUAAAAGCACUACAUUAAAAUAUGUCAAAGAACAAAAGUCAACCUACAAACGGGGGUGUUUGACUGUCAUUCAGGGCACAGCAAACCAGACAAGUUAAUACUAAGCAAUUAUAGAAUGUUUCCGACAGUCGACCUUAGUGAAUGGAAGACACACCAGUAAUCCAAAGCAAGCAUGCACUGUGUGUUCAUACACUCAGUCACAAGACAGGAGUAUAAAACACAUCAGAUAUGAUUAUAUGUAUAAAGGCUAUCCCAUAUACACACCUUGACUGUAAAAGAAAGCAUUGGUUUAAGUAGCUCCCCAAACCUCAGUUUAGUUUGGAUUAAGUUCAUUCUGAUUCUAUUAGUGAUCAGACUGUACAAAAAAUCAACUGUGACGACCUGCUUUUAAUGAGUUUCAGAACUGUAAGCAUUUAGCUGAGCUAUUGGCAACUGUCAGCAAAUAACAGUGUAUUUUACUCCAGGACAAAUGCAGCAGCAUAGAGAUAAAAGAAAAGCCAACUUCUGCCCGUUUGUGCACGGGCAGCUCUCUCAAGUAAAUUGGUGCCUAAAUUACGCAGUAAAUCUAAGAAUAAUACCGAGCACAACUUGGGAGUGCUCCUGUGUAAUGCGCAAUUCGCAUAACUUCAGAGCCAGGUUCACAUUAUGGGCGAUACCCAUCACACCUUUAUGCAUCUGCUGCUGCUGAAAUUCCUGCUUUGAGCCCAACGUGCAGCUCACGGCAAAAGAUCAGAUAUUGUAUUUGUUUGUUUUCCAGCUUGCUUAUAGUUGAUAACAGCAUAAGCCAAGCGAAUCCAAGGAAAUACCAUUCAUCACAGUACACUGGUCACCCUUGCACUGCUGCAGAAAUAUAUUCCCAUGACUAGCACGAAUCCAACUGCAUCAAAUUGUGCUUAAACAUCAUCAAUCAGAGGCACAGAAAGCACUUUCCUAACGCUCCUCCAAGGGUUGAUGGAGUGAAACCAGACUGCCUGCACUGGCUCAGCAGCCAGCAGGUCAGAGCAGCCCUCAGCCACCACGCCAGGAGCAUGCUCUGGUGGCAUCACCCAUCUCUUUACCCUGACCAGGUCACUGCGUGGACCCGCGGGUGCAGUUGAGCAUUAGCCACAGAGAAGAUAAAGCCAUCUUAACGCGGUAAAUGCACAAGUAACAGAGAUGAGAGAAUUACUUUUCCCUACGUUCACGUUGCUUCUGUUAAAGAUUGUAUUUUAUUCCAGAAUCAGGUUGCAGAUUGUACAUUGUGUUAUGAUUAGACAAGGAUACUUAUAUAUAUAUAUUAACUCUUUUUUAUUCAUUUCUGAAGAAAUCAUCUCAAGACAACAGGAUAUGGCGAGGAUUUUAGUUUUUAAGAAGUGGUUUACAGCAACUAAAUUAAACAGAUGCCUUAUUCGUGAGGAUUGAAGGAGGUUUUUUUGAAGAGGAACAAUUCCCUAUCCAAAGGUACCUGAAGAAACCCUGGCAGGGGAUGUUCUCCCCAGCAAUGAGCUAAGGUAGGAAAGGGUGUUUCUGUGUAAAGCCAGCCUGGCAGCAGGGUGGAAAUGAGAAGAGAAGCUGAUGUCUGAAAGGCACUUUGAUAUCAGUCAUGGGUUGACGUGGACCCUGGUGCUCACCUGACUCCUCCAAACCCUCAGGCACGCAGCUGUGCCAUGGUGGGGUGGGUGCAGCACCACCACAUCCCAUGGGAGCCGCGGGGCUUGGUACCUCUCGAGACAGACUCAAGCCAAGAAAGACCAUUCCAAGACCAACGCUACAGUUCAUAGAGUAUCUGUCUCAGUAAUCAGAUGGAUCUUCCCAGUUGCAAUUAAAGAAAAAGCCUCUUUAGACUAGAUGGAAAGUUUUUUUUCCGAAAGCCACUCAUUAACUUCCUUGUAACCUCACUGCAGUACAAUGGGCAGGGAGAAAAUCGCUUUUCCGUAACGCACUUGUUAGGUUAACAGCAGAACUUCUCCUAGGAUUAAAAUAUAGCGACAUUUUCCUUUGCUAUGCUUUUUUAAUUAGUUUAACCUGAAGUUAACAGAGUCCCUAAUUCUUUCCAAAUCUCAGAAAGAGCCUGUAGGGAUGAGGUAUUUAUCCUGCAUCUGUUCUCCAAAUUAAAGCAGAAAAUGAUUAUGAAAGAAGGGUUCUUGGUAGUCCCCGGGGAAGCUGUUAUGGAAAACUUACAUUCUAGCGAUGCUCGCUGCCAAUGAGCAUUCUAUUGUAGCGUGGCUGGAGUCUUUCUGCACAGAACUUUGCCCUCCUUUUAUAUUGUAGUAAUUGUGAGGGCAAUAUAACACCACUGCAGAGUUAAAACCUGGUUCCACUGAAGUCUAUUUAUUUCAAUGGAUUUCAUUUCAGACGCUGAUUAUGCCGUCAGGAGACAGAGCAGACUGCGUGGCACACAGGGUAUCAAACGGUGCCAUGGGGUUAUAUUGCAAACCCAUUUGCUCUGGCAGUAGGAACAGCACUGGAGGGUUUUUCACUUGCAGAUGCGAACGCAGAGGAAGAGUCGGUGCCAUUAAUACAAACUCAGUGUUUAACACUCACUCCAAAGUACUGUGUGGAACUAGGAUCAAAUCUAACCAGUCCAAACUUCAAAUGAUGUACAGCAUUUUAUGAUGCAUGUAGUAUUUUUAGUAGCAACAGACUAUGACAUUUGAGGGCUGCAGCCUAGUAGGAUAUACCAGUGUUUCUCGCUUCUAUGUAAUAUUUUGUAUGGGUUUAGAGAAGAUGGCCUCUGUUGUGCAUUGUUUGUGAGCUGUUUCUUAUCUCAGAGAGGUGUAUGAUGUAAAAUACGUCAGUGAAAAGUGUAUAUUUUAUGUGAGAGGAAAAUACAUUUUAAUAAAGGUAAAGCUUUGUUAGCUGUAAAAAUGGCAACUGUUCAAGUGUACAGUAACUUCUUACUAAUGUAUGAAAAUCUGUGAUAUUUUUGAUUUGAUUGUAUUUGUAUUGCCCAAAUAAAACAUUUUGGCUGUAUUGUU